CCGGUAGUAAAACGCGCGAUAUUUUGAACAAAACAAACAACUUACAGCCGUGAGCUUAACUUUUAACCGUUAAAUCUGUUAAAACCGAACGGCAAAGAGUGACUUUAAUCCUUCAGUCAUGUCUAAGAAAGCACCAAGAGCAACACUGAAGUUUCGUAUGAAGAAGAACGCGGAUGUACGGAUAGGAAAAAACGCCGAUUUAAUGGCUCAGUUGAAUCUUCUGGUUGUCCUACAUCGUCUAGCAGAGGAGUCCAGGGUCAAAGCCUUUGAAGAAAAAUCAGCAACCAUCAAAGAUCACCACGUCAGAGCUGUCGCCAAGAAACUGUUAAAGAGUGUACGUGGAUAACAUGGACAACUUCCUAUCAAACUUUUUUUAAACAAAAGCUUUGACCCCGUGAACAGUUUAGUAGUCAUCAUGAUGUGUGCUAGACACCAAGACAAUUGUAUUUGUAUUAAUUUUCUAUUUAUGUCGGCAUGUCUCAUAAUCCCACAUGGAUGUUAUUAGUGUUGGAUUUUUUUUGCUUUUUAAAGGUCAUGGGAAAGAUUUAUGUAAACUUUAGAUGAUGGACAGUAUCAAGCCCGGAAAUCUAAAGCGGCAAAGGUGACCCUCAGCUCUUAAGAUCGAAUUAUUACGCAACACCUGUUAAUAAACAAUUUGUACCACUUAACAUGGGUAACAGACGGUUGAGUAACCGUGCAGUGUUUCUUUCCCCGCUCUGUAAAACAACAAGAUGUUUGGCUGUUGGCCAUCGACAACAGUGGGACCAUUAUCUGUGGCUGCUCACGAAAGCAGGUCUUAGCUGGAAAGUUAACUCGGAUGAUGUUACGCCGUCCUGUGUUGACUUGGUAUCAAAUGCACCACUUGUAAUGAGAUAGUAAUGAUUCAAUUUGAAAUAAAAAUGAUCUGUCUAACCUAUCCAUGAGAAAAUUAAGUACUUUGGGUGAAUGUUGUGAAGCCUUUCAAGAACAUGUCCUGGCAAAUUUUAAAUGAUGAAACAUAAGAAAUUUUGUUUUUUAUAUUAUCAAUGAAGCUUGUUAUUAAUUUGAUUUGUGGUUUUAUUUUCAUGUGAAUGUUGUAUUUAUUUCAUGAAAAUAAAAAAUAUCUAUAUA